AUGGGAAGAGCACCGUGUUGUGAUAAGGCCAACGUGAAGAAAGGGCCUUGGUCUCCUGAGGAAGACGCAAAACUCAAAGAUUACAUCGAGAAUAGUGGCACAGGAGGCAACUGGAUCGCUUUGCCUCAAAAAAUUGGUCUAAGGAGAUGUGGGAAGAGUUGCAGACUAAGGUGGCUCAACUAUUUGAGACCAAACAUCAAACAUGGUGGCUUCUCCGAGGAAGAAGACAACAUCAUUUGUAACCUAUAUGUUACUAUAGGCAGCAGGUGGUCCAUAAUUGCUGCACAAUUGCCUGGAAGAACAGACAACGAUAUCAAGAACUAUUGGAACACGAGACUCAAGAAGAAGCUUCUUAACAAGCAAAGGAAAGAGUUCCAAGAAGCUCGGAUGAAGCAAGAGAUGGUGAUGAUGAAGAGACAACAACAACAACAACAACAACAAGGGCAAGGUCAAAGUAAUGGUGGUACGGAUCUUUACCUUAACAACAUGUUUGGAUCAUCACCAUGGCCAUUACUACCACAGCUUCCUCAUCAUCAUCAUCAAGUACCUCUUGUGAUGAUGGAACCGACAAGUUGUAACUACUACCAAGCGACACCGCCUUGUAACCUAGAACAAAAGCCAUUGAUCACACUCAAGAACAUGGUCAAGAUUGAAGAGGAACCGGAGAGGACAAACCCUGAUCAUAAUCAUCAAGAUUCUAUGACAAACACUUUUGAUUUCUCCUUCUCUCAGCUUUUGUUAGAUCCCAAUUACUACUUGGGAUCAGGAGGAGGAGGAGGAGAUGGAGAUUUUGCUAUCACGAGUAGCAGCACAAACUCUCCAUUACCAAACACAAGUGGUGAUCAAAAUCAAAAUCAACAGCAAGAUAUCCUUCAAUGGUUUGGGUGUAGUAAUCUUCAGACAGAAGCAACCAACGAUAUGUUCUUAAACAACAACAUAGUGAAUCUUGAGACGAACGAGAACACAAAAUUCUAUGGAAACUCAACACUAGCCGGAGCCGGAGCAUCUUUGGCCGGAGGAACGACAAGUACAUCGGCGGAUCAAAGCACAAUAAGCUGGGAGGACAUAACCUCUCUUGUUAAUUCCGAAGAUGCAAAUUACUUCAACGGCCCAACUUAA